UGCUCGUGCGCCGGGUAUUUAUCACAAGAGUCGUGACUGAGUCCCUCCACCACUGACUGCUAGCUUAGAUAGACGCAGGUCCUUUCCCUUCGUCAUCCGCCUCCUCAACCCCCGAGCUCGUGGGCUUUCGCCUGGGAUUCCCUUUUGUUAGUCGACGGCUUCGCCUCCCUAAUUUUGUUGUUUUAUUAUUAUUAUUAUUUUUUUUAUAUCUACAUAUCAACGAUGUCGGCCGAAGGUCCCGAAUACUCCCCGUUCUUCGCAGUGAUGGGUGCCUCUGCGGCGAUGGUGUUUAGUGCUUUGGGAGCGGCCUACGGGACGGCCAAGAGCGGCACGGGCAUCGCCGCCAUGUCCGUGAUGAGGCCGGAGCUCAUCAUGAAGUCCAUCAUCCCUGUGGUCAUGGCGGGCAUCAUCGCCAUCUACGGCCUCGUUGUGGCCGUGCUCAUUGCCAACAACAUUACGGAGCGGGUCAGCCUUUACAAGAGCUUCCUCCACCUGGGCGCCGGCCUGAGCGUGGGUCUGAGCGGGCUGGCGGCCGGCUUCGCGAUCGGCAUAGUGGGCGACGCGGGCGUGCGGGGCACGGCUCAGCAGCCGCGGCUUUUCGUGGGCAUGAUCCUCAUCUUGAUUUUCGCCGAGGUCCUGGGUCUGUACGGGCUCAUCGUCGCCCUCAUUCUCUCCACGAAAUAAAUGCGGCCCGGCAGUACAUCUCCACUACAAAGAUAAUGUCCUUCAUGUCACUCCCGGGCAAGGAGUGUAAAUUGUGUUCCGUGGGCGCGGGGCGGACAUUUGUAAAAAAAAAAAAUAAUAAUAAUUUUCCGCAAAACAAAGUGAAAGAUAUCAAGAAUUAAAAUGGCUCCAUGAUAGGGUCUUGUCUCAACAGUGUACAAAUUCGAUAGUUGACUUGUAAAUGCGCAAUGUAGUGUACUGUUUUGUGUGUGUGUGUGUGUUUCAAAACAAUUGUAUGAUAAAGAUAUCUUCCCCACCCUCCUUAUUUGGGGUCUGCAACUGUGGUCUUAAAGAGCUGACCAAAAGGGCGGCACAACUUUUUUUUUUUUUUUUUUACAGGAUUGCAUUCAUCUUGAGGAUCUAUUUGUAAAAUGGACUUUUUUCCUACCCCCCACCCCCACUUUCAUUUCAACUGAUUUUAUUUAUACGGAAUUCUCCAUUAAACAGUUGAAAUGCAUCAAGUCUUUUAACUUUCCAGGAUAUAUAUAUUUACAUAUAUACACAAGCAUAUAGAUAGCUCUUGAUAAGUUAAGCGCACUCUGGAGUGAUUGUGCUCACUGGUUGAAAUUCUUCUGGGUGUAAUUGUCAUUUUUCUCAUUUAAGGCUGUCAGGGGGGUUGGUGGGGGGCAGUUGUCGUGUGUAGCUGUGCUCUAAUCAUGACCGCAAACAUUCUCAAGUGUUUUCGUGUAGAAGUGCUGUUUGCAUUAAAGGUUUUGUGCGUGUGCCCCAGUGUCGGGUCUCGAAAACGCUUCCCCAUCUGUUCUUGGUCGCACCCUCAUUUGUUGCUGUACCUCAUCUUUUCUUCACAUUCCAACUCCUGCAUGGAUUUUGUGUGUGUGUGUGUGUUUUGUCACUUUUUAGCUGCAGGGUUUCAUUUUAUUCCAGCUCUAAAAGAUAUUUUUCACAAUUGGGCCACUGAGAACUAGAGUGGACUUAUUUAAUUUGCAGCAAAUUGAUUUUAAGUUUUGUUGCUGCAAAGUACAAUGAGGGUUAUUUAAAUUUAUUUUUCAAUUUGAAAAGUGUUUUGCACAUUUGUGGUCUGCGUGCAAGUACCUGUCGAAUAGUUAACAAAAGUUGAUGUUCACUUAUACUAGACUAACUGGCACACCAGGUAAAGAAUAUUUGCUUUCUCGGACUUCAUUUUUUUUCUAAUCUCGCCCUCUGGGGUGUUUGCAGGAGGAGACUCCUGGUUUUCAUCAGCAAGGCCGUCUUGGAAAUUUGGAGGUGACACAAUUGCACUGAUAAAUGUGGAAAAUGUGUUAGAGUGGAAUGUGGGACUGCCCUCUCAGUCAAAAUUAAAAAAAAAAAAAAAAAAAAAGAUACGAUUUAGACCAAUCGGAAAGAUAGUUUUCUGUAUCCAUUUGGCACUUAUAUUAAAUAAAAAUAAGUUCGCCCACUCUUGUUCUCUUGCUCAAUUGGUCCAAGUCGACCACAGGAAAUCUGUGGAAGCAUGAAGUGCAAUUCAGUUGCGGUGGAACUUGACAUUUUGACCUGAAGUACGUUUCCUCAAACUACUCCUGAUGCGUUUCCUGACACGUCGACUUUACAAUCCUGUAUUACCACCGCUGUUAUCCUAAAAGUGUCGACGCGAAUGUUUCCAG